GCAUCACGGUGGCGUGGGCUGCGUCACCCGCUCCAGAUCAGAGAAGGCGCCCCUGCUUUGGCCGUGGGCCCCUCCCAGGCCCAUAAUACCCUCUCCCAGGCGGCAGGCUGGGCCCAGAGCCCGCGGUUCCCCUAAUUUAGCCAAGGUGGUGAGCUUUCCUAGGCUGCUCUCCACAUUCCUGAGCAGAAAAACCUGUGUGCUAUUGGUCUAGGGAUAGGGCCUAGCCGGGGGUGGGUGGCCCCACAGAUCUUCACAGGUUCUGUUCCCACUAGGGCCCUGAAACCUGCCCAGCUUCUCCUCACCCUUUAAAGUUGGAGAAAUUUGGGGUUCCUUCCCACCUGUAUUUUAGCGUUCUCCAAACUUAGAAACCUGGCCUCAUAGCCUAUAACGAGGACCCCCCACAUCCCAGUUUGACAUCCAAACCUCCCAUUUGACCACUGACUCAGUUGCCUUUCCCCAGAAAAACCGAAGGUGUAUCAAGGUGUCCGGGUGAAGAUAACCGUGAAGGAGCUGCUGCAGCAGAGAAGGGCCCACCAGGCCGCCUCAGGGGGAACCAAAGAAUCUGGCUUACCUUAGAACAGAAGGCAACAAAGUUCGUGAGAGAAUGUCUUCGCUUUCCCCUGAGAGCACUUUGAGUUCAUGAGCUCUGUGGUCCUGUUCUUGCUUUUGCAGCUGCCCGGAGGCAACGGCGUCCGCCUUCCAGACCCAGUCCCACCAUCUCCUGCAGGGAUGUAUUUUGAGACUGAACCAGUUUCUUCUAUGCCCAAUUAUUUUCAACCCCGAGAAUUUUCCAGUUGUGUUUCUUGUGAAGAAAAUACAAGCUGCCUCGACCAGAUCUUUGAUUCCUACCUUCAGACAGAGACACACCUGGACCAUUCGCUCAAUUCCAUGCAGAGUACUCCACACUAUUUCCCUGACAGCUUCCAAGCUGCCCCUUUCUGCUUUAACCAGAGCCUGACCCCAGGAUCGCCUUCGGAUUCCUCCACUCUGUCUGGUUCCUUAGACUACAGUUACUCGCUGGCGCAGGCACCUGCGUGUGUGCCGGAGAAUUACACUUCUCCCCCUUCUCCGGACACCAGAAACUGUGGCUUUCCCCCGGAAGACUACGCCUCCUCGCCCUUGCCCUCAUACACACAGUACGACUGCUUCUCCUCAGCCAGCAGCUCCGUCUGCUACUGCGCGUCCUGCGAGGCCGAGCACUUGGACACCCUCCGAGCCGCAGAGUACGUCUCCUACCCCAGCGCGGACUAUGUGAACUUUGCCCCCUCAGCAGCCACUGCCAGCGAGUUCUAUAAGAGGGGAACAAACUGGGACAUCUGCUAUAGUUAAUAGCAGUUACGUUAUUGGAACAUGGCGUGAAUAUCUCUAUCUUUCGGCCACACCAAAUGACAACUGGAAGUAUGCAACCUGUUAACAAAAUACCACAAGCCCGGUUCCCAUGUCACAUUUGCAAUGUUCUGAUACUCACUUAGGCAUUAUUAUCAAGUCCUCAGACCUGGUCACUGUGCCACUCCUACUUUGUACGCUUACAGUCAAAAUUUUUGUAGGGAAUGGUCAGUUGUUUUACUUUUCUAUGUA